AUCGAUUGGGAGAGGAAGCAGACAGCAGACAGCAGACAACGGACGACUGGCAUCUUUAAACCCACAAUCCGUUUGUUGCUGCGUUAUUCCAUCUCGCAGAUACGUCUGCAAUAUUUGUUCGUUUUCUUCCACCUUUUACAUAAAACCGUCUCAUUGACCCUUAUUCGUAAAGUGCAGGAAAGGGAAAGAAGCCGCUGCCCUUCCAACUUUUCCUUAAGCAAAAUCUCUACGGCGCCCACCGUUUAUUUGACUUACUUUGUCUCGACCUCAGACAUAUCCGUACUCCCUCCCGCCCUCUCGCCCAAGACCCAAUCCACCAGCCAACCUCCAUCCUGAAUCCUGGUCUGGUCGAAUCCCGAUCCUACCCCAUUGUCUAUCGUCUUGCCUGGCGUUACAUUGCCCUCGUAGCCCCUACUCGCUCUCUCUCGAGACGCACCAUCAGAGGCUUUUUGGCACAGCUUCACCUUCAACCGGUCGGUCACACCUCACCUUUUCAGCCCUCAGGUACUACCUCCCUUUACUUAAUUACCCAUGACUUUUUGCCUGAACCGACCAUCUUGAACGUCUUCUUCAGCCCCCAAACUCCAGCCCCGUCCAGCUAUCAACCUUAACAAUCCCAUCGCCGAUCGACGAGACGUGAGCUGCGCUAAGGUAGUCUCUAAGUGCUUGUCUCUCUUUUCUUUGGCUGCAUCUCAUUUUGCUUUCCCGAUUCUUACACUUUGGUUCCCUAUUAUCCACCUGUCUUGGCUUUUUUGCCUUUCACAGCUCUCGAGUUUCUUAUUGCAGCUCACACGAAGCUCUAGAUGUGAAGAAUGGGUUUAGCCACAAAUAUUAUUCUCCUCAUAUCAUCAAACCACCUGCCUACCUACGCAGUUCUCAUACAUUGCACACACGAGCCUAGUCGAAAGGUUACCUCACCUCACCUCACCUCACAUCACCUCUCAUAAAUCGCUUUCCAGGAGAGACGUAACCUGCUACGUACUGGCUAGGCGCAUUUUCUUGCUACAGCGACACCUGCAGCAGAGCACACUGUCUGCCUGAUCCGGCUGGGCCAUCGCACCAAAGCAUCACAAGCACACGAGGCAGGCACGGUACUUUCACCUUUUUUUUUUUUUUUUUUUCUAAUUUAUUUUCUUACUACCUACCCGAGCACCAAGCACCAAGCAUUACGGUCAUCCACACAUCCACGUCCCGUCCAAGCACAACACUCACACACUCACACACUCAUACUCACUCACUUGCUCACUCACUCACUCACUCACCCACCUACCGUACCUGCACCUGCACCUGCACCUCCUGGCGCCAAUAGAGAGUGCAGCAGUUGAGACUACCGCCGCGACUUCUUGCCUUUUCCCUUUGGCACACAAGGACUGCAGCGUCCGCCUCACCUUUCUCACUCUACUUCCUGCUUGGGCUCUCUUAAAUUUUGUUUUCGCUCGCUGAAUCUGACUGGUGGCAGAAAAAAAAGCAGCUCUCACUUUGCCCAAGGGAAAGAGGGAAAAAAAGAAAAAGAUGCCCACCACCACUCAUACCACGACCACCCGGUCGCCUUUUGACACCAACAACCUGGGCAUCAACACCAACAAUUCGGCCCCUGUUCUCCCACCUUACCUUCGCACCAGUAGCCAAUCUCCGCUGCAUUCUUUUCCUUUCUCGCCGAGCAGCACCUUGCCUUCGGCCAUCGGAUCAGGCAUUAAGAAAGAAAAAUCAUCUACCAAAAUGGCCUUGGAUAAUUCAGAGAUCAUGGACUUUGUCACUCGGUAUCAGAACUUGCAGGCCUACCAGAACGCCAGCGACCAGUUGAUGAAGGACCUUUUGAUGUACUGCAAAGAAAUUCAGGGCCAAUAUGCCGAUGAAAAUCAGAUGCUCAAGCAGGAGCUGCGCAAUGCAAAGCUUGAUCUCGAGCAUGCUACCACUUCCAGAAGAGAGAUGCAGCAGGUGCUGCAAGAGCUUGAUUAUGAUAACAGCUACAUGAAGAAUCGCAAUCCCUACGUCUUGAUUCUAAUUGAUGGAGAUGGACUUCUUUUCCAAGAAUCGUUUAUUAGACAAGGUAUCGAGGGCGGCAAGCAAGCCGCCUACGCCCUCCGAACUGCCGUUGCCGAGUACGUUGGCAGCCAGUCGGGUGAGGUUGAAAUCGUCGCCAAAGUCUGCGCCAAUCUAUCCGGUCUUGGACGUGCUAUGCGCAGAGAUGGCUGCCUCGAUAGCGAGUCCGAGCUCAGGGAGUUUUUCCUGGGUUUCACACAGGCCAAAGCUUCAUUUGAUUUCAUCGACGUUGGUCACGGUAAGGAACGUGCCGACUCGAAGAUCAAAGAGGCCACCCGCUGGCAUUUGCGUAACUACAACUGCAGACAGAUUUUGCUAGGCAUUUCCCACGAUGCUGGUUAUGCCCCUUUCCUCGAUGAGAUCCUUCAAGAUACAGAUACUCGCUCGAGAGUCAGUCUAAUUGAGGGCGUCGCUACGGUCAGAGAGCUUAAAAACACCAACGUUCAUAUCCUCGAACCGCUGCCCAGCCUUUUCCGAAACCAAAAGCUCAUUGAUAGAAGCUUCGACCGCGCUGCUGAACGUGCCGAGGCAUACGCCAGAUCCUCGGCGCAGGCACCAGCGUCGGUGUCUUUCUUUCCGGCUCCGUCUAGAGCGUCGACAUCUUCGCCUGUGAUGGUGGCUUCGCCAACCUCACCCCCUGCUACAGUGGCGACGACAGCCUCUUCUUCCUGGGCUGGGGUCACCGCUAAGGCUAGCCCGCCGCCUGUCAUCACCACCCCGUUGGCCAAAAUAUCCGUCAAUGUUCCAGCUCGAAAAGCUCCUGAGCCAAAAGUGGCAACACCGGCGUGGAACCCUGGCGAACGUGGCUUGGAUCCCCCCAUCCCCAUCAACGCAACAGCCAUGGAUAACAUUAAGAAACGAACGGGCAAGGACAAGCUGUGCAAUAACCAUUACCUGCGCGGUCCUUGUGCCAAGGGCGAUGAGUGCUGCUUCGAACACAAAUACAAGCCCAACCCGGAUGAAAUCAAUGCCAUUGCCCAUUUGACUCGUCUCAACCCCUGCACCAGCGGUCAGGAAUGUGACGUGGAAAACUGCAUUUACGGACAUCAUUGUCCUAGCGUGACUGGAACCACCUGCACCCACCCGUAUUGCAAGUUCAGAGUUGAGGAUCAUCCACCUGGCACAAAGUUCAAGAAUGCCAAAAUUCACGAAAACUAAACGGCUUUGAGAAGCCGAUUUUGGAAGGAAGGAGAGACAUGAGCACAAAGGGACCAGAUUUACUAUGGCACAUGGAAUUGGCUGUGGCACAGAGAGUCAAAACUCAUCUGCUGAUGGCCUCUCAACGUGCUGGGUUUGCUUUUCGAGGAUUAAUUUGUGUAUGGUUAGCUUUCUCACUGGCGAUUUGAGC